AUGGAAGACUGGCUCCUUAUUUUACUACAGGACUUGGGUAAGGGAUAUUCUGAUUCUACUAUGAUAUUUCUAAACACUGAUUUGGGCAUCUGCGCGUUCUCUUGUAGGUACUCCCUUCUCUCUCAUUUGUGGCAAGUGAAGUGUGGUGAUCGGCUUCUCAACAAGGACAUAAGAUUACUUGUUGGAGGACUAGAAAUUUUAUGCUCCAACAAAGGACAAGUUCAAAUUCUAGGCCUACAGGGGCACAGGUUCUACAAACAGAGAAACUACAGAAUCCUUGAGAAAAAUUCCAGCAUGAGUAAAGCCAUCACCAUGCUUGUAUAA